AUGUAUCAUAUGAAAGUAGUUAUAGUUGGUGAUGGAGCAAUUGGAAAAACAUCAUUAUUGAUAUCAUAUUCCACAGGUGGAGGAUUCCCAAGGGAUUACCAACCAACAGUAUGUGAUAACUUCUCAUGUAAUCAAAUGUAUAAAGGAAUGGCAUUCAAUAUUGGAUUAUGGGAUACUGCUGGUCAAGAGGACUUUGAUAGAAUUAGACAUCAUAGUUACUCUGAUGCCGAUGUUGUAUUGAUGUGCUAUUCAGUAGUCAAUCCAUCAUCAUUCCAGAAUGUACUUCAAAAGUGGAUGCCAGAGAUCAAACAUUAUACAUCAAACGUACCAGUCAUAUUGGUUGGUACACAGACUGACAUGCGUGAUGACAAGUCCGUCGUGGAAUACCUGGCACUCAAGAAGUUGAAGCCAGUCACCUUUGAAGACGGCCUGCUCAUGCAGAAGCGCAUUGGUGCCUUGUCAUUCUCCGAAUGCUCAGUCAAGUCCGAGCAUGGUGUAGAGCAGUUGUUCAACGAGGCCAUCAGUAUCUAUAUUCAAUCAAAUACCGAGGGUGGUCAUCACCGUCGUCGUCGCGGCAACAGUACCAAGCAUAUCAAAAAAGACAAAGAAAGAGAUAGAGAUAACUGUGUAUUA